AUGGCCUUUGGCACGGUGUGCUCCUCUGCUUCCACGCCGCCUUUAUGCUGCUGUCCAUCAGCCUGACCAGGUACAUGGCCAUAGCCCACCAUAGGUUCUACUGCAAGAAGAUGAACGGCUGGGCAUGUGCCCUGGUCAUCUCCAUGGCUUGGAUCCUGUCCAUGGCCAUGGCCUUGCCUCCAGUCUUUGAGGUGGGCACCUACAAGUUCAUCAGAGAAGAAGACCAGUGCACCUUUGAGCACCGUUAUGUCAAAGCCAACGACAGCCUUGGCUUUCUGCUGAUGUUGGCCUUCAUCGUGGCUGCCACCCAUUUUAUCUACAUGAAGCUUUUGUUCUUCAUCUAUGACCACCGGAAAAUGAAGCCAGCUCAGUUGACCCCAGCCAUCAGCCAAAACUGGAGCUUCCAUGGGCCAGGGGCGGCUGGCCAAGCAGCUGCCAACUGGAUUGCAGGUUUUGGAAGGGGACCCACACCACCCACCUUGGUGGGGAUGAGGCAGAGCACCCAACAUCAGAUCAAGAGGCUGCUGGUGCUGGAGGAAUUUAAGCAGGAGAAGAGGCUCUGCAAGAUGUUCUAUGUCAUCACUUUUCUGUUCCUCCUUUUUUGGGGCCCCUACUUGGUGACUUGCUAUCUGAGGAUCUUCUCAAGAACCUCCUUGCCUCAGGGUUUCCUUACUGCUGCGGUGUGGCUGACGUUUGCUCAAGCAGGUGUGAACCCCAUUGUGUCCUUCAUGUUGAACAAAGAGCUCAGGAUGUCUUUCAGG